AGCGAGCCUACAUCAGUGGCACUGUUGAUGGACUUGAGAUCUCUUCCUGCGACUCGCGCUCACAGCAACUUGGAAGCCUGGUCAAAAUGACACACUUCUACUCGAACUUCAACGUCGGUCGUCAUCGUCAAAGGGAAGGCACCAUUUAUGUGGGAGGAUGACAAUCCAGUUCUCGCUCUGACCGUAUCUCGAACACAUCCCUCCGCGAUAGCUAGCAGACCAAAGAUUGCACCACCGAGGAGUCUGCAUGGGUGCGAUCGUCCACCGACAGAUGGGUGAUUGAAUAUUGACAGGGCCGCAGACAGCCCCGCAUGCUUGGGCUCUCCAUCACAGAAAUCUUCCUUUGAGAGGGAUCGUCCUCAACAAUUAGCCUUGCUUUGUGUGUUGCCGACGUGCUGGAGAAGUUGCGGAUGAGGGAUGAAAGCGGGACUAUCAUGUGCUGGGACUUGGGGCUGGCCCAACCUGGCGCAGGGUCCGAUGAUCCACCGCGACGAUCAAUUUCUCUCACCAGCCACUUCGGCAGACAGCCGCCAAUGUCACUCCCCUCCAGUGGCCUGCUCAGCAGUCGAGCUGUGAAUCCUAUCUAUAGUCGUUGCAUAUGGUGGGAGACAUUUUCUGUUUGACUGCAUCAUUCACACUUCCAUGUGCGUUUCAGGAGGGGCAAGCAGACGUCCCUACGAGCAGUUUAAAUACGCUGAGGGCUUCAUCCGGUGCCUGGAAGAAGGAAACGCUGCGGCAAGAUGUCUGCGCCCCCCGCCAUUGCUCCAGCCAGUGCCGACUCCGAUGCAUACUUGCCAUUCGUGAUCACUGCUGCGAUAGCCUUUUCUCUGAUGGUUUGGGAGUAGUAAGUGAUCGUGUCCCUAUCUAACGCGUUCCGUCUGAGGGCUUAACCAUGCCCUCAGCGCCCUCCAGCUUCCAAUUGAGAUCAAGCUAUAUACCAGAAGACGUGUUUGGAACAAGGCACCCGCAUACGGAUUUGUCGGACUGCGCUACGGCAGUCUCCUCGCCACCGCUCCGAUGCUGGUCCUCUCUGUGGCAAGGCUGGACAACUGCCAAAUCAUGGCGUCGCUGGCGCAGGCUGGAUCGGUGCUGGUCGUCGCUGGAUCCGCAGCCAUCAUAACUUUCCGCACGGGUCUGCUGUGGGACGACCACCAGGGAGUGUUGGCGCCCUUAGGUGCGAUGGGGAUGCUAGUUACGACCGCUUGGAUUGUUCUUGCGACGAAUUAUCGAGCCACUUCUUCUGAGUUUGUGCUCGUAUUGAAUGGGAAUUGUCGCAUCUCCCCGACUGUUGUUUGGCUACCGCUUGCCAACACCGCGUUCCUGAUCUUUCUGCUCUCGGCGCUGGUUCUGUCGCUUUUCAAGAUUCGAUUCUUCCAUCCGCGGGACUCUAGGGUCGCGUACAACAUGUACCGCGAUUACGUCGCCUGCGUCACCGGCAUCACAUGUGUCACACUGGCCGCGCUGAUCAUCGAGGGCCUCGCGCCUCGAUCUGGCGCAUUCGCCCUCAGUUCGAAACUGCUGCAGAUUGUGUUCGUUGCGGCUCUUUCCUCCCGGGCAUUCCAGAACUAUCUCCUCGCGGACGUGAUUGAAGCCGACGGAUCGCAUGUACGGCCGUACCCAACCAGUUUCACGACCGUGUCGCAUACGAGCGAACUCAAGUACCCGAAUCCAAGUCCGAGCAGAAGCCCGAAUCCUGCGUCUGCAAGUCCGUUGAUGACUUUCUCCCCGACCAGUCCCUUCUCGGCUGUGACACCGUCUCCUUUUUCGCCGGCACCGUCGUCCUCACCCACGGGCCGAAGUCGCCUCGGGUCGGUGGACUCGAAUGCUGCUGCUCCCGUGGUCUAUGCCGCGCCGUCGACGCUUGCUGGACGGAACCGUCUCGGGUCGGCGGAUUCGGCUGCCAGCGGUACUGCCAACACGGGGAAUAUCCUCGCUGGGUCUUAUACGAAGUUCCCUUCGCCGCCUGCGUCGUACGAAAACGCUUCUCCGCUCACUGGUGCUUCUUCGUCGAGGGUCGCUACAACGGGCCGCAAUAUGCCUGUGGCCUCCUCGUCCGUUGCGUCGAAUAGCAAACCGCGUUUGCCCACGCCAUUAGCCCCGCUGCGAAGGAACGACAAGCCGAGAUCCACACUUCCUGCACCUCCGCUUUCAGGCUGGUCGGAUUCUUGAACAUUAGUAACAACAAAUCUUCUCGUAUCUACUUAUAUACUUAUGUAUUUAUCUGACAAUCGACCACCUGGUACAGUUCGUAUGUGAUGCUGGCACC